UACGUGCCCAAGGUCAACAUGAGAUGGCUAUUAAUCUUGUAAAAUACGUCUUACACAAUAACAAGGUGAACAGAUUAUAUCGGUUGGUUGGAAAGUGGUUGGCUGAAACUCGAUCUAGCAACUCAAGGACAAUUUUGGAGCAGUACCUUAAACCUGCAGUGGAGCUCGCUGAUCCUAGAAAAAGUAUAGACAAGAAGUGUAUACAGAGACAGUGCCAAACACAUUUUCUUCGUGUACACUAUUCUGAUGCUCUAUUAAGAAGUUAUGAAGAAAGGCUCGUCUCUAAUGAAUGGCAAGCAGCAUUGCGACUAAGAAAGCACAAGACAAAGGAGCUUGAAGUACUUAUCAAACGACUAAAAACUUCAACAAAGGAAAGUACCACCUUUUAAUGCCAGUUUUCCUGGUGUACUGCCAUUCAUUACCUUCCUGUGGGAGAUAAGUUAUUGUUUAAUUCUUGUUUUUCACUUUUGACACUUUUCUCAAUGUAUUCUGUAGGCAGAAAAGAUGGAUUUGUCGAUAAAAAUACAGGAAUUGCAAAAGCAGCUCACAAUGGAUAAGAGGGAGGCUGAAAAGCUGCAUGUAUAAAAUAAAGGGUCUUGUUAAUUUUAGAAAAAGUUGCCAUGGAUUGAUGGUGUAUGCUUACCAAAUAUCAUGUAUCUCAGUGGUUGGCGUGUACGUAGCUUAAGGUCAUGGG